AAUGACAACUCUGCAGCAGGAUUACUUGUGCCAUCUGGAUGCGUGCUGCACGCCGGAGUCCAUGUUUAUUGCAUUUGUUAGAAACAGAUUUUCAUGAUUCAGGUCAGAGGUUUCCCUGAAGCAAAAAUGUCUCGGCAGUGCAAAGUGGGGCGAAAUCCAUCGAUAGCUGAUCGGCUUCCCUGGAUUUCGCUGACAAUCCCUCUUUGUUGUGCCUGAAAAUGGAAACACUAGAGUCUGAGCUGACCUGCCCAAUCUGUCUGGAGCUUUUUGAGGACCCACUGCUGCUGCCCUGUGCUCACAGUCUUUGUUUCAACUGUGCCCAUCGUAUUUUGGUCUCCCAUUGCACCCCCAGCGAGCCUAUCCAGUCUAUCAGCGCCUUCCAGUGUCCAACUUGUCGCUAUGUCAUUACUCUCAACCAGAGAGGCCUAGAGGGACUCAAACGCAACGUGACCCUACAGAACAUCAUCGACCGCUACCAGAAAGCCUCUCUAAGUGGACCCAACUCCCCUAGCGAGACUCGUCGUGAGCGAGUAAUCCCACAAGGCAAAGCCAUGACAUCUCCUACGGACCGAGUGCAGUGUCAGUUCUGCGAGCAGGACCCCCCUCAAGAUGCAGUGAAGACCUGCGUUACCUGUGAGGUAUCAUACUGCGAGGAAUGCCUGAAGGCCACCCACCCAAACAAGAAACCCUUCACGGGCCACCGGCUGAUUGAACCCUUGCAGGACUCCCAUCUUCGGGGGCUGAUGUGUCUGGAGCAUGAAGACGAGAAAGUCAACAUGUACUGUGUAACAGACGAACAGUUGAUCUGUGCCUUGUGCAAGCUUGUCGGUCGACAUCGUGACCACCAAGUGGCGGCCCUCAGCGACCGAUAUGACAAACUAAAGCAAGCAUUGGACUCCAACCUCAGCAGCUUAAUCAAAAGGACCAGUGAAUUAGAAAGUUUGAUGGGGAAACUUAUCCAAACCUGUCAGAAUGUGGAGGUAAAUGCCUCGCGGCAAGAAAACAAGCUACAGGAGGAGUGUGACCUGCUGAUUAAUAUCAUACAGCAUCGAAGACAAAUAAUAGCAACAAAGAUAAAAGAGGGAAAGGCCAUGAGGCUGAGGAAGCUUGCUCAACAGAUAGCGGGCUGUAAGCAGUGCGUCGAGAGAUCGUCCUCCCUCAUCACUCAGGCUGAUCAAACCCUGAAGGAGAGUGACCACACCCGCUUCCUUCAGACAGCUAAAAGUAUCUGUGAGAGAGUCUCUAUGGCAACAGCAUCCUCUCAGAUACUGUUACCAGAAAUUAACCUGAAUGAUGCGUUUGAUACUUUUGCUUUGGACUUUACGAGGGAAAAGAAAAUGCUAGAAAGUUUGGAUUACCUCACAGCACCAAAUCCACCAUCAAUUCGUGAGGAACUGUGUACAGCUUCGUACGACACCAUCACUGUUCACUGGACGUCAGACGAUGAGUUUUCUGUUAUUUCAUAUGAGCUCCAAUAUGCCAUCUUCACCAGCCAGUCUAAUGUUGUCAGUCUGUGCAACUCUGUUGAUAGUUGGAUGAUUGUCCCAAACAUCAAGCAAAAUCAAUACACCGUGCAUGGACUCCAAUGUGGCACCAACUACAUUUUCAUAGUGAAGGCCAUAAACCAGGCUGGAAGCCGCAGUAGCGCCCCAGGGAAACUCAAAACCAACAGUCAGCCAUUCAAAUUGGACCCAAAGUCUGCUCAUCGGAAGCUAAGGGUAUCCCACGAUAACCUUACGGUGGAGAGAGAUGAGACAUCAUCUAAAAAGAGCCACAGUCAGGAGCGCUUCUCCAGUCACAGCAGCUACGGGGUCACUGGGAAUGUCUACAUAGACAGCGGCCGCCAUUACUGGGAAGCUUUGAUUGGAGGAAGCACAUGGUUUGCUGUGGGGAUUGCUUACAAGUCUGCACCAAGACACGAGUGGGUUGGCAAGAACUCAGCCUCCUGGGUACUGUCCCGCUGCAACAACUCGUGGGUGGUGCGCCACAACAGCAAGGAAGUCCCCAUCGAGCCUUCGCCCCACCUGCGGCGCCUUGGGAUAUUGCUGGAUUAUGAUUCGGGGUCGCUCUCCUUCUACGAUGCUGUGGCCUCGCAGCACUUGUACACAUUUGACAUUGAUUUUGUUCAUCCAGUCUGCCCCGUGUUCAAUGUUUGGAAUAGAUGUUUGACAGUCCUUAGUGGUCUGCCCAUACCUGAUCAUUUAGAGAGUACAGACUUUAACCACUGAUGAUGUUGAUACAUUGCCAUGCAAAAGUAUUCAUACCCUUUGAACAUCCACGUUUGUCUUAGUAUGACCACAAAUUUCAAUAUAUUUUAUUGGGAUUUAAUCUGACAGACACAAAGAAAUGCAUAAUUGUGAACAGAAAGAAAAGAAGACAUGGUAUCCUAAUGUUUUUUUAGAUUAUAAUCUUACAACUAUGGGAUGCAUUUGUAGAAAAAAUGCUUUAUGGCUGCAACUCUUGCUAUGUCUAUGUUUCUACCAACUUUGACCAUCAGAGGUGCCCCCAGUCGGUCCUUGAGGGCCAGCAUCCUGCAUGUUUCAGGUUUCUCCCUGGUUUAAUGCACCUGGAUCAAAUGAUGCCUCGUUAGCAGGCCUAAGAAGAACAUCGACAUGGUGAAAAGGUUGUUGGUACUAACAGGGGGAGAACUAAAACAUGCAGGAUGCCGGCCCCUGAGGACCGACUGGGCACCCCUGAUCUAGAAAGUCUAAUCUUUGUCAAUUCUUUUUUUGCAAAAGAGAAGAAUUGAUGAGCUCAGUCACAUGAAUUGGAGAGAACUUUGUGAACAUUUAUUUUUUAUUCUUUCCAUUAGAUAUCAAUUAGAUUUAGGACUGGACUUCAACUAAGCCUUGUUUGCAUUCUAUGCUUUUGUGCUCAUUGUAGCUCUGGCUGAAUGGUUAGUUCUGCAGAAACUAGACUUGAAAGCCUCUCAUAGAUCUGACAGGAUUGCCUUGUGUUUAUUUCUAUUCAUCUUCCCAAUCAGUUCUGAUCAGCUUCUCUGUCCCUGCUUUAGAAAACGUCCCCACAGCAUGAGUCUAUCAAAACCAUCAUUUCAUUGUGGGGAUAAUGAAAUGUGUACACAUUCUGCAUGUGAGAAAAAAAGAUCAAUUUUGGCCUUAUAUGACCUGCACACCCUUUUCCAUUUGUCUACUGUGUUAUUUUGAUACACUGUGCACAUUCUAUUUUUUUUCCACAAUGGCUGAAUGAAGACGUAGAUUAAAUCUCAGUCAAAGGGACUUUAUUUAGGAAUUAGUUGACUUCUGAAGGAAAUUAGUUACACUUGAUUUUGUUAACAGUUAUGGGAAAAAAGGAGCUAAAAAAAAAAGAAUGUCAAAAUAUCCAGGUAUUUACUGGGAAGAAAAUUUGAAAACUUUGUGUCAUUUCCUUCACAUUUGCGCAUGUUUUUGUUUUGGUCUGUCGCAUAGAACUUAUGUUGAAGUUCAUGGUUGCAAUAUUAAUUAAAUGUGGGAUCGUUUAAGGGGAGUGAAUUUUGCAAACUACUGUAAAUAAGUGCAUACAUGUGGGAUGAACUGAUCAAAAAAGCAAAAAGGACUGAAUUCCGUUUUUGUUACAAUUUAUUGGAAUUAUUUAAGUACAUUUCAGGCCCUGGUGAAUACUUUAUCUUUGCUUUGCACAAUUAUGUACAAUAUUUUGUGGGGUCAGAUUAGGAAUUAGGAAUCUAAAGUUCAAGGCAAUUUUUUCAAAGGGCUCAGGAGAUUUUUUUUUCUUUUUUAUUGUUUUGUUUAUGUUUCAUUCAUGAUGUUGAUGGAUGUAAAAGCACAAACUGCAACAACAACAACAAAAACAUUUUAUUCACAAGCUUUUUUAAAAGUGAGACGAUUUUAUUGCAGUGUAACUGAUUUGUAUUAAAUGCCAGCACUUCGAUAAGGAAGCUGUCACUAUUGAAAUGCAUUAUUAAGCCAAGUUCUGUCAAAAUACUUGUUUUUUGCUUGUCCUUCCAUUCUAAGGAGAAGAAGGGUUUAAUCAGAAUACAACGGUUUCACUGAGAAAAGCUGAUUCUUGAUGGAUUUAUUUCAACAUUUUUACGUAUUUACUAUCUGUAAUUGCUUGAUCACGGUUUAAAACUUCCUCACUCCAGCAGCUUUAAUGCUUCAUCGCAGUUUUCACAUUUACAUAUCCUCAAAAAGGCAAAUUAAAAACCUACUCAAAGUGAU